UUUUCGAGUCCUCGAAGCGUACAAUCGAUUGUCAGAAACGACUGAACUCCGCAAUUGAUCUGCCAUUAAUUCUCAUACUUCUCAUUUAAUGGCGCUGCAGUCGUUUGACCCGGCGACGUCGGCACAGCUGCUGCGGCAGGCGACGUUCCCCCGAUCCGGCGAGCCCAACGACGCGAACCUGGUGUCCUACGCCGAGAAGGCGGUUCAGUCCUGGUUGAAGCGGGGCCAGAACGACAGCGUGACCGCGCGGGCGCUGGCGGAUUUUCUGUACAGAGCGGCGGCGAAGACGUAUCAGUGCCAGCCUAUCCUGCGGUGCUUGAUGACAGUCUUGAUUGCGCUGGGUAACUACACCGACGCCGAGAGGGCGCUGAAUACGUAUCUCGAGUUUGCAGACAAGGGACGGUUGAUGGCCGUCAAGGGAUCGUCUUUUGUCGACGUCGACGAUGCGCUCAUGACUUUGCGGACUGCGACCGAAGGUGUUGUCAUGCUUUGCCGACAUGUGCGCGACGCUGACAAGGCUCGUGCUCGGGCUGAUGGUCUCAAGGAUUGGAUAGAUGUGGCCGUCUCGCAGACCGGAGCAGCAGCCACUACCACAGACGAAUCAACAAAGGAAAAAAUCGAAGACCCCGAGAUCUCAAAAGUCGUCGCGACGGCAUGGACCGCGCACGGCUCUGCCUACGCGCUGGCAGCGCGGUACGCACUCGACGCCAAAACCCGGACAGAGCGAGCAGAGACUGCGAACGGGUCGUUUGAGAGCGCGCGCGCACACUUCUCUGGCAGCCCCGACACGCAUUACGAGCACGCUUUACUACGGGGCGAGUUCUUCCAAGACCUAGCCGGCGCGAUCGAGCUCUCGCGCAUCGCACUCGCGCUGGAUUCAACGCACCUCGGCGCGGCGCAUGUGCUUGCGCUGGCGCUGUCGGCGCGCAACGAGACGCUUGUCGAGGCCAGAGAGGUUUGUCGGACUGCGGUGCGCGAUACGGCGGGCGAGGACUCGCUGCGGAGGCGCAUGACGCUGCCGGAUAAGCGACUUGUGCUGCAGGUGCGCAUGACUGAGAUUGCGCUCACGGAGGCGGUGGAGGGCGUGCAGGCUGCGCUUGAGCAGGUGUCUGACGGACUGUUUGCGGUUUACAAUGAUUUAUUCACGUGGGAUGAGGAUACGGUUGAGUCGCAGAUCCACGAGGCCUCGACGUCUACGAUUUCGGUGCCGCGGACGCCGGAGAAGAAGCGCAAUGCGAUUGUGCCCGCGGCGGCACCGCCGACUAUCCAGGUAACACCGCGGAGUAGCGCGUACUUAGACGACGAGUCUACAGAGAGUGAUUCCGAGGCCGACUCGGAGGAGGAUAACGAGGUCACAGAGCCGGUGAGCAACGACAAGCUCGAGCGACUGCCGCAGGAGAAGCUGUCGACGGGGACAUCGAUUCCGGCGGAGAUCCUGGCCGAGGUGCGCAAGUCGUCUCCGAGACCGAAGAGUAUGAUGUCGAAGCGGAGUCUGAUAAUACCUCGCUCGAUCAGAAGGCGGUUGUCGGACGUGUCGAUCUCGUCGCGGCGGUCGGCAAAGUCGGUGGCCCGGGUGCCGGUGACUGCGGCGGCGAUUAUCGAGAAGAACAGAGGAGGCGCGAACCGAGUGCUGCGCAACAGUCUGAGUGUUGACGACGCCGAGUUGAAGACGAUUAGUAUGCAGUGUCUGCGGGAUAUCUGGCUUUUGGUCGCGGGGUUGUUUCGGCGAGGAGGACGGUGGGCGGAGAGCGCGACUGCGAUCACGGAGGCCACGCAGCUGGGCGGUGCGAAGGAGGACACGUUUGCGGAGCGUGGAUUUCUUAUGCAAGCGCAGCAGCUGUCUCGCGAGGCCUUGGAGGCGUUCGAGGCGGCGCUGACGGUGUCGAUAGACUACGUUCCGGCGAUCAUCGGGCUCGCCAACGUGCUGAUCUCGCUGCCGGAGGAGGAGCAGCCGAUGGCGCGGGACCGGGCGUUUGUGCUGCUGGAGACGGCGUCGCGGCUUACCGGGUGGGACUCGCCGGAGGUGUGGAUGCUGCUGGGGCAGGUGUAUGAGGCAGUAGGGGAUGUGGACCGGGUGCGGGGGCCGUACUGGCGGGCGAUUGAGUUGGAAGAGACGCGGCCGGUGAGGCGGUGGCGGAACGCGUGGAUGUGGGAGACCGCGCAGACGGACUACGAGUAGGAUAGAGAGAGCAUGAUGGGUGAGAUGAUAGAGGAGGAGCGUAUGUGUACUG